GUCUUUGUGGCUGAUAAUUUGAAAGUUACCUAAAUUGUUGGUUUGUCUAGGUUGCUUACCUAAAUGAAUCAUUCCCUUCCCUUAGCCUCCCCUAGUACCUAGCACAUGAACAUUGAAUUAAAGGAACGGCCGAGGUUCAAUUGACACGUGCAACGACCGAGCAACAGCGUCAUCAGCCUUACAUUAUGUAACUUUGCUGAAGCCUCCCCAAUCUCCGAAAUACUUAACUUUCUCUAUAACUUCCACUAUCUCGCAUGCUCACCUACCAAGCAUCUUCUACAAUCUAUCUCUCCUAAUCGCAUUCAUCCUCAACUUAACCAAUUUCGCAAAAAUGAGUCUAAAGAAUGACAAGUUUCCUUCUUCGGGAGCCUUUGAAGCUAUCAACGAGGCUUUACAAAGCGAGGCCGACCGAAAAGAUGCUAUCAAGCAAGGCAACGCCAUCUUCGCCUUUAACAUAAAGAACAAAGCCGGCGAGAUCGAGAGUUGGCAUAUCGAUCUUAAAGAGAAGGGUACCGUCGCUACGGGUCUAGGCGAGAAGCCAACAGUCACUCUGUCGCUCUCGGACGAAGACUUCGGCAAGCUCGUAACUGGCCAGGCCAAUGCGCAGCGAUUAUUCAUGUCCGGAAAGUUAAAGAUUAAGGGCGAUAUGAUGAAAGCGACUAAACUACAGCCUAUCCUGGCCAAAGCACAGACGAAGGCGAAGCUAUGAGAUAUCGGAGUGUCGCUAAUAUGUAGCCCUGUAUAAGAUUCAACUUUCGACGAUAUAAGCAACUCACGUACUAUUUGUUUUUUAUUUAGAGUAUACACUCGACGCUAAGGCGUUAUAUCAUUGAAUUUAGCCAAUUAACUUAGUUCGCUGUCAUAAUGAAUUUCGGAACGGAAUUUCUGUGAACUAAGAGUCGUAUAAGAUUAGCUGGCUUUAGAGAUAUAUUUAGAAAAUUACAAGUCUAUAUGUAGGUGAAUAGCCGUAUUCAAAUUUAGAUAUGUACCUAGGUAUAUACAAAUCUAGCAUCCCCUGCGAAACUGGUAACUCUUUGCUGUUUAGUACAAACAAUAUCGAUUUUUGAUGACUUACUAGUAAACAUAUGGACAAGUGAUAUCGCGUUUAGACUACCUAGUUAUUAGAUAUGCGCUGACUAAAUCAAGCAACGCAUUUCCCUAUUCCAUUUAAAGUACUUGGCCAUAAAAUACAUAAAGGGC